GUUCAGAAGGCGGGCACUGCAGUCUGCAGGGAUUGGAAGGGGAAAGAGCGCGGUGGUGGAGAAUGGGAAAGUGAGAAGCUGUCUCGAAAUUCGAGAUCUCCCUCCUUCUCUCUCUAUUUACUCCAUUUCAGAUGCCCCGUACUAUUUCCAGCUGCCGGAAACCCUAAUUGCAAACAAACCACCGAUUGCUUCCGCAUGGCGAUGGGGUCGGUAGCUACCGUCGGCAACACUUACGAGGAGGCUAGAAAGCAACGCGUCGAGGAGAACAGAAAGCGGUUUAAGGAUUUGGGAAUUUCCGAUCUCUCCAAAUCGCUCUCUAAAACCUCCAAUUCUCCCAAUCCAAAGCGUCAUCCAAAACCGAGGUCGAAGUCCGACAAUGUCUCAGAGGGGAUUCAACCAAGGCGUUCUUCUCGUUCUCGAACUCAAGUCACGUCCUAUGUCGAUGAUUUCCAGGCGGAUUUGGAUCUUUACCCUAAGCGCCGUCGCGGCGGACGCGGCUCUCGGUUAAACCCAUCUUGGACAGACUAUUUGGCAAGACCUCUUGAAGAAGUCGUAAUUGCUUCCUAUGAAGAGCGCGAGCGUGCUCGUAAGGCUGCUGAACAGUUUGAGAAAACUCUGCCCUCUUGCCAUCCCACGUUUGUCAAAUCCAUGGUUCGCUCUCAUGUUUAUAGCUGCUUUUGGCUGGGUCUCCCUUCUCGGUUUUGCAAAAAAAUCCUGCCUAAAUGGGACUCAACCCUGAUACUGGAGCACGAGAGUGGUUCAACACAAGAGACCACGUACCUAGCUAAAAGGACUGGUCUUAGCGGUGGCUGGAGGGCAUUUGCAAUAGAAUAUAAGCUAAAUGAUGGUGAUGCUCUAGUUUUUCAAUUGGUUGAGCCAGAAAGGUUUAAGGUGUGUAUCGCCUUUUCCUUUCAGUUUGUCGCUCGAAUUUCUAGGAUAGGUUUACAUUUUCAGAACAUCAUCAGUUUCCGCUGGUGAAAACCCCAAUGCAGAUGCUAAGAAAAAUACAAGAGCAACUGAAACGGAGGUCGUUCCACCCUCACAGAAGAGACAGAAGGUCAAGGAAGACAAGAAGAAUGAGGAGAAUGAUGAUCCAGCUGAUGGGGAAGAAAGCCAACCAAAAGCUAGAAGAGGCACCGGUAGAAGAACAGUGGUGAAGAAUCAAAUGAAAGCGAAUGGCUUCGCUGUUAAACCACACAACGAUCAACAAGAUGCUCAAGAACACGUAAAGAAGAACGACGAGAAAGAGAAGGGAGCAGAUGGUGAAGAACACCAAACAGAAGCCAGAGGAAGAAACAGUGGAAGACGUUCCAAGUUGGCUGAUGAAUCGAAAGAGAUGGUUUUGGCUAUAUUGGCACCAAUUGAGAAACAAGGUUUGGCAGGCAAGGAUGAGAAGGAGACCUUGGAGGCAGCAGUUGGUGACAAGCCCGGGAAACGGGUUAUCAAGCCAAGGAAAAAACCAGCUCCCAGGUUGUUUCGAAGGAAAGUAUUUAGGGAUUAGGGAAAAGCCAGUUUCCAGUUUCUGCAUUUGACUUUUAGUGUGAGCGAUUAAGAAAAUCGUUCGUUUUGGGGUGAUGUAAAUGGUACUGCCCUUAUUGUAUGGAUCUAGAUUAACGUUAUGAUUUUGGUCAACUUGGAUAGGUUAUUGUGAGCAUUUCGUGAUGUUUGAAUCUUUUCUCAUACAAGAGAGAACCGUUAUUCUCAUAGGCACAUUAUUUGGA